AUGGUGGCACCUUCCACUUUGGCCGCUCACUUGGUAGGCCUCGCUGUGCUGCUGGCGUUUCGCCUCGCGAAACGCCGCAAGAAGCCCGAGAGCUCGGCCUCCGCUGAACGGCAGGAGGGCGCGGUGCAGUGGCAGCUGCACCCCAGCUGCUUCUUCCGGCCUGAGGCCGAGCCAGCUCGACAGCUGGGAGUGUUGGCGGCGCGUUUCCUCCGCGCCGAACGUGGUGGAUUUUUAUCGGUACUGGAGCUGUUCGCUGGCAGUGGGCUGCGCGCGGCACGCUAUUUGGUGGAAGGUGGUGCGGAUUUCGUCUGGGCGAACGAGGCCAACCAGGAGGUCUACCAGGCCUUGGUCGCCAACGUGGCGGGCGUUGGGAACGGCAACGGCUUCCAGGGGCCCACGGGAUGCGAUGAUCUGCUGCCGGAGUGGGCCGCCCCUGCGAGGUCCUGGUCGCUUCAGCCGACUGUGCCGUUGCACGGCUGUGAAGGUGGUGCUGCGCCCGGCUGGCGCCAGCUGGGAACUGCCGACAAAGAUUCGGGCUCGGAGGCCCGUGGAUGGCGCGUGACGCAUUGGGAGGCGAGAGCUUUGUUGGGCUAUUGUAUAGCGAUUCAUCGGCAAUUCGACCUGGUGGAUGUCGAUGCCUUCGGUUCUUGGGGCCAUUUGAAAGAUGCCUUGGAGGUGGUGAGACCAGGCGGGCUGCUGUACCUCACGGCCACGGGCCUCACGGCAUGGAAACCUAGCAGGUCCUUCCGUCGCUUGGGGAUGCGGGGUCGAUGCCCACCACAGGAGACAUUGCAUGACCAGAUGUGUCGCGCCUUGGUCUGGCACACGGUAACCCUGGCGGACCACGUGAGUUUGGUGGCGGAGCCACUCUUUACGCUCUACCGGCCGGACGGUGACGUCUACCGCGUGAUGUUCCGCGUGACGCGACGCGUUGGCGAAAGUCGCCUCGCGCCGCAGAUGCUGGGGCUCUGCCGUGCCUGCAAUGGCCUGCUGGGUCCAUUCGAGGAGGACCUCGUCCUAGGUGUCCAUCGGCCAUCUUGCGAUUGUGGUUCCUCCGAAGUAGCGUUUUGGGGUCCUGUUUGGACCGGCCAGCUACAAUCAGACGAUUUCCUUCAGCAGUUGGAGCGAGUCGCAGAAGGUUCCUACCAGCCGCUCCACGAUCUGCGGCGCGAGGCCUUCGUUGUGUCGACCAAGCCCUGGACGCUGCGACUGGCAGAGGUGGCCCGGCGCGCGCAGCGGCCGCCGGUGAAGAUGGAGAAACUCUUGCAGGCGUUGCGCUUCGCAGGGCAUACUGCGACGCGAGUGCAGCUGGGCCCUGUACCUUGGCUGUGCCCCAGUCAUGGUAGGUAUUGGGCUCUUUGCUGGGAGAUGCUGACCACACUUCCAAUCACCAAAGUCCUCUCCAACCUCACGCCAAGCCGCAAAGAGCACAGAGGUCUGUUUUGCCAGCGCCACAACGCGGAAGAGCUCCAAUGGCUCAGGUUAGGUCGCGGAGCGAUCACACUGGGCUGCGAUGCUGCCGCAGAGGUCGCAGGAGCGAUCGCACUGGGCUGCAAUGCUGCCGCAGAGGUCGCAGGAGAGAUCACACUGGGCUUAGAAGCCGAGCCAGCAGCAGAAGGCACAAAGUGA